AUGCCCUUCUUCCUAGAAACCUUCAAUACGCUGGACCUAACCCCCCACGCCCAAACGGCCCAAGUGCCCCUAGAGCGACUCCUGACCCGCUCCUCCCCUUCCUCCCCCCUCCCCACCCUCACCCCCCCCACCGUGACGCCGAAAUUCGACGUGCGCGAACUCCCAAGCGCCUACAUCCUGGAGGGCGAGUUCCCGGGAAUCGACGACACCAGCAGCCUGUGCAUCGAGUUCACGGACCAGAGCACCCUGCUCAUCCACGGCCGCCUGGAGCGCGCGGCGACGGGGGCGGAGGCGGAGGCGGAGCGCGGGAGUUACCUCAUCAUGGAGCGCAGCGUGGGCGUCUUCCAGCGCAGGUUCUGGUUCGAGGUGGGGGUCGAGGUGGGUGGUGUCGAUGCUAGCCUGGGCAAUGGGAUUCUGAGGAUUUACGUGCCCAAGAGGGAGAGGGUGUAG